AUGUCCAUCCAACCACCAAAGAAAUCCCCAGCCGUCCUCCUCACAGACGCCCGCUCGCGCCCUCAAGAUCGCUCCUCUAACCCCCCGUCGCGGUCCCCGUCUGCGGUCCAGAGAACCGCGCCCGGCGCCGCCCCACGUAACACCCGCAUCUCCGUCGACAACGUCCUUCAAUAUGCCUCCGACAUACCCUCCGGCCAGCCUAGAGGGCCUCCUCCUUCUCAUCUUCUCACACAACAGAGACAAACUACCCGGAUGGGGGCGCUGAUUAGGCGACCGAGCCAACCCUCCGUGGGUAUGGGUAUGGGUAUGGGUAUGGGGGAAAGUAGAGGGCUACCGACGUUAGCGUCUGCCCGAACCGGGCAGCAGAAUGUGCCCUCGCGGACGACGAAGGUGAGCGAGAAGCUGGUUUUGUUGCCGGAGACGGAUGGGGGAAAGGGGCUUGAUGAGGAUGAAGAGGGCACGGGACUGGAACAGAGAAGUGAGGAGGAGGAGGAGGAGUUUGCGCGGCCGCUGACGGAUGAGGAGUUGGAUGUGUUGAGGAAAAGAGGCGGGAUCAGAGGGAAGAGUUAUGCCGAGCGGUUGCCCAAGGUGGAGAGGAGUCAGAAGGUGGCGAGAGUGACGGCGUAUUGUACGGCGCAGGCGUACAAGCUGGAGCAGACGGCAGAGUUUUUGAAGAAGCGGCACGAGGCGAAGACGAAAAGGUAUGAUGACUGCUUGUAUGUGGCGUAUCAUCUGCCGUUGCUGCCGGGGCAUAAGGGGUACAGGCUGAGGAGCCGGCCGGUGUUGAGGACGCCGGGGACGGGCAAAACGCUGUUGGAUAUUGAGAUCGAGCGGAGCGAGAACAGAGAUGAACAUAUGGGGGUCGGGGAGGAUGGAGCCCCGUUGGGGAGUAGUCCAGGGAAGGUGACUAUACUCGAAGAAAUCCCGCAUCGCAGGGGGAAAGGGGAGGAGGGUGAGGAGCCGCAGCGGCCGUUGAAGAGGAUCAUUGCGGAUACGAAGAACUUUGGGGAGGUGUUUAUCUUCUCCUACGGCGUCGUGGUGUUCUGGAACUUUUCCGAGAUGCAAGAGAAGGACAUCCUGGCCGACUUGACCUUCGCGGAGAACGAGAUGGGCGUGUCGCUGGCUAACUGCCCGCUGAGCGACAUGGAGGUCGAGACGGAGGAGUUCCACUUCGAGUACAGCGCUGAUAUCAACCGGCCGCGCGUGUUCAACGACAUGAUUACGCUGCUGCCGCGGUCGGACCACAUGGUGCGGCUGACGAUCAGCCAUGCCAUCGCGCAGAGUACCAAGCUGUGCUUCUUUGAGGAGAGGAUGUCCGAGACAAUGCUGAGUGCGCAGCACGUGCCCAAGACGCUCGCCACGACGGGGAAUCUGAACAUGACGCGGGGGGAGAUUGUCAAGAUUCUGGGGAGACUGUUCAAGAGCCGGGUAGACAUCAAUCUCUGUUCCAACAUCCUCGACGUCCCCAACUUCUUCUGGGACUCCGAGCCGACCCUACACCCCCUCUACGUUGCCAUCCGCGAGUACCUCGAGAUCGACCAGCGCAUCAAGGUGCUCAACGAGCGGUGCCGCGUCUUCCUCGACCUGGCCGACAUCCUCGCCGACAGCAUCGCCGACUCCAAGAUGAGCAACAUCACCGUGAUUAUCAUCGUGUUGAUUGUCGUCAGCAUCGUAGUCACCGUUAGUGAGGUUGUGCUGCGCGUGGCGCUGCUGAAGAGGGGUAGCGGAGGGCAUCGUGAAGGGGAUUUACUGCUGGUUGGAAGGGGGCAGAGGCAGAGGCUGGAGUUGAGGGGGUUACCGGAGGUGAAUGCUUCGAUAGAAGACCUCCGGCUUUGGGGGCAGAGUCUGAGUGAGGGGCAGAAGACAGCUGUUUGUGGGUCGGAUGUUGUGGGCAGGACGUUUGCUGGGGUGUAG